AUGGUUCUCGCCGAACUUGGAGGGCGCAUUGCGCAAGCAAUGCGUUCUAUGACAUCGAAGACUGUGAUUGAUGAGGAGGCAGUGGACAACAUGUUGAAAGAGAUUUCUUCGGCGCUGCUCUCUUCAGAUGUGAAUGUGAAGCUUGUUUCGUCGCUGCGCAAGAACGUGAAGAACCGCAUAAACCUGGAGGACUUAGCCACGGGUCUGAACCGACGGAGGAUGAUACAGCAAGCUGUGUUCGAAGAGCUCUGCGAGAUGUUGAACCCUGGCAAGAAGCCUUAUCAGCCCAAGAAGGGAAAGCCAAACGUCAUCAUGUUUGUCGGGCUCCAGGGAAGCGGAAAGACAACCUCGUGUACCAAGUAUGCACUUCACUACCAGCGCAAAUCCUGGAAGACUUGCCUGGUGUGUUCGGACACUUUCCGUGCGGGAGCUUUCGAUCAGUUGAAGCAAAACGCUACAAAAGCGAGAAUUCCCUUCUAUGGUAGCUACACGGAGCGUGACCCUGUUAAGAUUGCACGCGACGGUGUCGAAAUGUUUAAGAAGGAGGGCCAAGAGAUCAUCAUUGUUGACACCAGUGGAAGGCACAAGCAGGAAGCCUCCCUGUUUGAAGAAAUGCAGCAGAUCGCAGCUGCAGUGGAGCCGGACGAUAUUGUCUUCGUUCUGGACAGCUCCAUUGGUCAAGCAGCGCAUGAUCAGGCUACUGCCUUCAAAGAAGCAGUCAGUGUAGGAUCUGUGAUCAUGACGAAGCUUGAUGGACAUGCUAAGGGUGGUGGUGCGCUUUCAGCUGUUGCGGCCACGAGCUCUCCCAUUGUCUUUAUUGGUACUGGAGAACAUUUUGAUGACUUUGAAACAUUUGAGGUCCGGUCGUUUGUUUCUCGACUUCUGGGCUUGGGGGAUGUUGGUGGCCUCAUGAACGCCAUCAAGGAUGCGGGCUUAGACAAGCAACCUGAGUUGUACCAGAAGUUGUCACAGGGCGUGUUCACACUUAGGGAUAUGUAUGAGCAAUUUCAAAAUGUCAUGAAGAUGGGGCCUAUCGGCAAGGUUAUGUCCAUGAUCCCGGGAAUGAGCGCCCUGAUGACGAAAGGAAGAGAGCAUGAGUCCCAGGAGAGAUUUAAGAAAUUUAUGACCAUCAUGGACUCCAUGACUGAUGAUGAGCUUGACACGGAGAACGUGAACAAGAUCUUCACGGACACGAGGGUUUUCCGCAUUGCUCAAGGGUCAGGAAGCCACCCUCAGCAAGUUUGGGAGUUGAUUGAAGAGUUCAAGAGGUUCCAGAAGAUGAUUGCCAAAAUGAAGCACCUCAAGAUCGGCAAGAAUGGUGAGAUGCCGCAAAUGACAAGGAAUCCCCAGCAGGCGAUGCAACAAAUGGGCAAGUGCCUCGACCCACGAAUGCUCAAGCAGAUCGGUGGCAUGAGCGGCUUGCAGAAUCUCAUGAAGAGCAUGAAUGGAAUGGACAUGAGCCAGUUCAUGGGGAUGCCCGAGUAAGGUGAAAGGCCUCCGUUCCCUCUAAGGAAGGAAGCUGCAACUUAGAUAAGACACACGCAUGAAGGCAAGGAGCCAUUCUUGCCCCCUCUCCGGCGAAGGAUUCUGCAGAUCAAUUUCUUUUCGCUGCUUUUCGACUGUAAAUUUAGCUGAUUCGUG